GUUUGUGGGCUUUGUUUAUUUGUUUACUUUAGGUAAUUUUGGUUAGUUCAUUAGCAGGAGCUGUUGUCUAGAAUAAAUUAUUCUAUUUGUUGCUUUUUCGCAUAAAUUAAAUCUAAACAAAUAUUUUGAUACAUUAUUUAGUUCAUGUUGUUGCUGCGUCUCAGCCAGAAUUUCUGUACUGACUUCAAACAGGUUUUUUUGUUGCACACACUGUUAAAUAUGGUCAAAAUGUUGGGAUUUGGUAAACUACUAAGCAUUAUGGGUAAUGUAGUCAGUGUGCUUCAACUAUUUGUGAAUGAGUUUUCUAACUAUUUUGUUUACUGUUACAGUCCAAAAUAGGCAAACUUUUAAAAACAUUUUCAUUCUUCUUCCAUCAGUCACAAAGGCAGGGUCACGUGAUGUUCUCCUCGCCUCCAGAUUCGCUGUCUUUGUCUCAGGAAGGAGCUGAGUUCUCCUCACGCGGGAGAACGGGCUUCUUCCUGUGUCUACUUCCGCCUGUGAACGCCAGAGGGCGCCAGAGUAAGCCACAGAGAGAUGAGCGUGGAGCCCGGAGGAGUUUUGGGAGUGGGCGCGCGGGGGCCUUCAUGUGGGGGAGAGACCUGAAGUUCAGCUGAUCAGACACAAAGAGGGAGAAGCGCGGGAAGAGUCAGGGGAAACUUGGAGAGAUCUCUGAGUUUUCUCUGGAUGAUGUAAUGUGAAUGUUUACUCGGUCACAGAAGGAGGUCGUGUGUAUCUUUCAGCGCGGGAUCAAGGAUUGGCGUAAGCUCGGAUCUGCUGGAGGUUCUGCUGCUUCAUCUGCUCGUCUGAGCCAUGCUGCCGCAGGACGUCGGGGCGCACAAGACCCCGCGGGUGUCGGAGCCCUUCUGUGAGGGAGAAGCUUCCCGGCAGGUCCCGCCGCGGCUCCUGAGGAACCGGGACUUCCCCGCGAGCGCGAGGCGCCGGCGGUCCGGUUCGGCGCCGGAGCGCCGGGUGAACUGCGUGCUGGUGGGGGACGGGGAGGUGGGCAAGAGCAGCCUGAUCGUCAGCUACACCACCAACGGAUACCCCGCUGAAUACGUGCCGACGGCCCUCGACAACUUUACCGUGGUGGUGGUGGUGGACGGGAAACCGGUGCGGCUGCAGCUGUGUGACACGGCGGGACAGAAGUGGGGGCUGCUCGAUGGAUCAGUCAAUCAGGACGAGCUGGAGCUCCUGCGGCCGCUGUGCUACCGGAACGCCGACGUCUUCCUGCUCUGCUACAGCGUGGUCCGCCCCUGCUCCUUCACCAACCUCACCCACAAGUGGCUCCCGGAGAUCCGGCGGCACUGUCCCGGCGCCCCGCUGGUGCUGGUCGGCACCCAGCUGGACCUGCGGGAGGACGUGCAGGUGCUGAUCCAGCUGGCACAGAACCAGCAGAGGCCGGUGGGCACCGAGGAGGGCCAGCAGCUCGCCCAGGAGCUGGGGGCGGCGGCCUUCGCCGAGUGCUCGGCGCUGACCCAGAAGAACCUGAAGGACACCUUUGACUCGGCCAUCCUGGCCAGCUUCCAGCAGGCGGAGCGCGUCGCCGUCCAGCAGCAGAAGAUGACUCUGCUGAGGAAGACUCCGGACAAGAUGAAGAACCUGUCCGAGACGUGGUGGAAGAAGAUCGGCUGCCUGAUGGGAGAGCAGAGCUGCCCCAUCAAGUGAAAACCCGCUUCAUUCAUCCUGCUUUUCAAUGAUGUUCAUUUAAAAUAGAUAUUUAUUUAUUUAUACGUGUUUUGACUGAGCGCGCGCACAAGCAUUGAUUAAACUUUGUUACCCCCCCGG